ACGUGAUUGUGCCUUCUCUUCGCCAUCCCUUAACUUUAGUCCUAUAUUUGUGCUGUUUUCCCUGUGAAAAAUGCAACUCUUUCUGCAUAUGCAUAAUUGCAUGUACUGUUAGUUUGAAUUUUGCCAUUCUUUUUAUCAUGCAUCUUUUGAUCUUUAUGAGUUUAACCCUGUAUAUGGGUACAAAUUUUCGUGCUGGACUAGUUCUCUCAACUGAAGGGCCACAAACGGUGACGUGUUAGCACAGAGCUGAAGCUAUCUUUGUUCAAAAGCAUAACUUGAGGGUCAGAAAAAUGGAUCUUGACCAUGGGAAGUGUUGGAAAACUUCAAAGAAGGAGUCUUGGAAGACCAUCCUGCUCUUGGCCUACCAAAGCCUUGGUGUAGUAUACGGGGACUUGAGCAUUUCCCCUUUAUACGUUUACAAAAGCACAUUUGCAGAAGAUAUUGAACAUUCAGAGACCAACGAAGAGAUUUUUGGCGCUCUUUCUUUUGUAUUCUGGACUCUUACAUUAAUCCCUCUAUUCAAGUAUGUCUUUAUAGUCCUUCGCGCUGAUGACAACGGAGAGGGUGGUACUUUUGCUCUUUAUUCGUUGAUAUGUAGGCAUGCAAAAGUAGGCCUUCUACCCAACCGGCAGGUUGCGGAUGAAGCGCUCUCUACAUAUAAACUAGAACAACCUCCAGAGAAGAAAAACAGUUCAGGGUUGAAAUUGUUUCUUGAGAAAUACAAAGCCUUGCACACAGCUCUCCUACUUUUGGUUCUUCUUGGCACAUGUAUGGUAAUUGGAGAUGGACUCCUCACUCCAGCCAUUUCAGUCUACUCUGCGGUGUCUGGUCUCGAGUUAUCCAUGUCCAAGGAGCACCACCAGUAUGCUGUGGUUCCAAUUACUUGCUUCAUACUAGUGUGUCUAUUUGCACUUCAACACUAUGGCACCCAUCGGGUUGGGUUUUUCUUUGCACCAGUUGUGUUGACAUGGCUACUAUGCAUCAGUGCCCUUGGCUUAUACAAUAUAAUCCACUGGAAUCCACAUGUCUAUGAAGCUCUUUCUCCAUAUUAUAUGUUCAAAUUCUUGAAGAAGACAAGGAUAAGUGGAUGGAUGUCUUUGGGUGGAAUAUUAUUGUGCAUAACAGGUUCAGAGGCUAUGUUUGCUGAUCUUGGCCACUUCUCAUAUACGGCAAUUCAGAUUGCUUUCUCCUUUCUGGUCUAUCCAGCUCUUAUAUUGGCAUAUAUGGGUCAAGCUGCGUACUUGUCAAAGAAUUACCACACCAGCCAUAGGAUCAGUUUUUAUGUCUCAGUUCCAGAAUCUGUGAGGUGGCCGGUGCUUGUACUUGCCAUUCUUGCUUCUGUUGUGGGAAGCCAAGCAAUCAUCAGCGGAACAUUCUCUAUCAUAAACCAGAGCCAAUCACUUGGUUGCUUCCCAAGAGUCAAGGUUAUUCACACCUCUGACAAGAUUCAUGGCCAGAUUUAUAUCCCUGAGAUCAAUUGGAUUCUCAUGAUCCUCUGCAUUGCUGUGACCAUUGGAUUCAGAGACACUAAACACUUGGGGAAUGCAUCUGGGUUAGCGGUGAUGACGGUGAUGUUAGUGACAACAUGCCUCACUUCCUUGGCUAUUAUCCUUUGUUGGCACAAGUCACCUAUCAUAGCUAUUUCCUUCCUACUCUUCUUUGGCUCUAUUGAAUUACUCUACUUCUCAGCUUCACUUACCAAGUUCAGAGAGGGUGCCUGGCUCCCCAUUCUUCUAGCCCUUUUCCUUAUGACUAUCAUGUUUGUUUGGCACUAUGCAACCAUCAAGAAAUAUGAAUAUGACCUUCACAACAAGGUUUCAUUAGAAUGGCUCUUAGCCUUAGGUCCAAGCUUAGGAAUUGCUCGAGUUCCUGGAAUUGGCCUAGUGUUCACUGAUCUUACCUCUGGCAUUCCAGCUAAUUUCUCCCGCUUUGUCACCAACCUCCCUGCCUUCCACCGCAUCCUUGUCUUUGUGUGCAUAAAAUCAGUACCUGUCCCUUUUGUGCCCCCUGCUGAGAGAUAUCUUGUGGGCCGUGUGGGUCCUCCAGCUCAUCGGUCCUACAGAUGUAUUGUCCGGUAUGGAUAUCGUGAUGUUCAUCAAGAUGUUGAUUCUUUUGAAACUCAGCUGGUUGAUAGAUUAGCUGAUUUCAUCCGCUAUGAGUGGCAUCGAACACGUGAGACUAUAUGCAACGGGGAUGAUGCAUCACAAUCUAACGAAUCAUCCAGUGAGUGUAGAUUGGCUGUGAUUGGAACAGUGGCAUUCCCCGGACAACGAACUUUUGAGAUUGAGGAGACCAUGCAGCCAGCAAGUGUAUCCGUUGAGUUCCCAACUGUAGAAAGUGUGACAGAUGUUAUUGAGAUGCAACCAGAAGGCGUUAUUGAAAGAAGAGUGAGGUUUGCUAUUGAUGAUGAGUCUGACACUGAUGAACGAGCUAAUAUGGCUGAGCAACUGCAAGAAGAGCUGGAAGAUCUGCAUACAGCUCAAGAAGCUGGGACUGCAUUCAUACUGGGGCACUCGCAUGUUCGCGCAAAGCAAGGAUCUUCUGUCCUGAAGCGACUGGCCGUCAACUUUGGAUACAAUUUCUUGAGGAGGAAUUGCCGAGGGCCAGAUGUGGUGCUCAAGGUGCCACCAGUGUCUCUUCUUGAGGUUGGCAUGGUUUACAUUGUGUAGGCCACAUAUGUAACUAGUUUUGUUUUUUUUGUUUUUCCCUGAAUUGAUGUAGAGCAACACCUGAAAGAGGUUUGCAAGUAUGAUGAAUGUGCAGACUGAGGACGUUUAUGAAAAUACCAACUCUAGUUUCAUGCAUGAUGCAUCACAUGUAUGAAUUAAUGGGAAAUGAAGUAUUAUCAUAAAAAUGUGAAAAAUCUUGCAUCUUA